GCCAACCCUUUGAUACUCGACGCUCAGCUGGGCUCUGCUCUACUAUCUGCAAACUUCGGCCACAACAACAACGAAAGCAACAAUGAGAAUUUACUUGAGCUUCUAACGAUGUCGUAGCUUGAGGGGUUCUAGUCUCUGUUUAGGUUCAAAGGCUAUUAGCAGCCAUUGAUUUUCAUAUGCUGCUGGGAUAAGCUAUUGCAUACAGGCAAAAUAAUCACUGAUUAGGAAAAAUUUACAAAGGAUGCCAACAUUAGCUGCAUCCCGGUUGCUCCUUGUUGGAGAGUCAUUUCCUUUCCAAAAGUUAUCACAUGUGUCUAGGACAGCUUGGUUACACAGAAGUAUACGUUUUCUAAGUAGAGUUGAGCGGGACCAUGGGCCCCUCACUCUUACGAACCUUGGGUUCAAGAGUGAAUUUGAAGCAACAGACAAGAACAAUACCAAAAAACCUAAGCAGAUGAGUUCUCCUGUUGUUGUUCCUAACAGAAAGCACAACGCAGUUGGAAGCAAGGGAAUCAAGGUAGUUGGGACAAAAAAGUUGCUUGGAAUAGAGUCUGCUCCAUUUUCAGCAAAGUCAUUUUCCGAGCUUGGCCUCCCACCUCCAUUAAUUGAGAGGUUAGCAACCGAGGGCUUUGCGGUUCCUACUGAUGUACAGUCUACAGCAAUUCCUACCAUACUUAAGAAUCACGAUGUUGUGAUUCAGUCUUACACUGGUUCUGGAAAAACAUUAGCAUAUCUUGUUCCUAUACUCUCUGAAGUAGGCCCACUGGGGAAGAAACCUUCUGAUGAUAAUAGCAAAUCUGUGAAGAAAAUGGAGAUAGAAGCAGUAAUUGUGGCUCCCUCUAGGGAGCUGGGCAUGCAAAUAGUAAGGGAGUUUGAGAAGAUUUUGGGACCUAUAAACAAAAAAGUGGUUCAACAGCUUGUAGGGGGUGCAAAUAAAUCAAGGCAGGAAGAAGCUCUCAAGAAAAACAAGCCAGCCAUUAUUGUUGGUACACCAGGUCGGAUUGCGGAGAUCAGUGCAGCUGGAAAGCUUCACACCCAUGGGUGUCGUUUCCUGGUCUUAGAUGAAGUGGAUGAGCUACUUUCAUUUAAUUUUCGAGAGGACAUGCACCGGAUACUGGAACAUGUGGGUAGGAGAUCAGGUGCAGAUCCUCAUACACCAAAAAGCCCACUUGCCCAACGGGCUGAGCGUCAGACCAUCAUGGUGUCUGCAACUGUGCCAUUCUCAGUAAUAAGGGCAGCUAGGAGCUGGGGGCGUGACCCACUUCUUGUCCAAGCCAAAAAGGUCAUCCCACUUGAAUCCUUCCUUCCCUCUGGUCCAGUUAAUUUGACCGAUCCUACUUCCAGUUCAAGUUCAAAUUCAAAUCUGCAGGCUCAGGCAACUGUGGAAAGCCUACCGCCUUCCUUGAAACACUACUAUUGUGUCACAAAGUUACAGCACAAGGUUGAUACAUUGCGAAGAUGCGUACAUGCACUUGAUGCCAGGUCUGUAAUAGCUUUCAUGAACCACACUAAGCAGCUGAAGGAUGCUGUCUUCAAGCUAGAGGCACGUGGGAUGAAUGCUGCCGAGCUACAUGGGGAUCUUGGAAAGCUUGGUAGAUCUACAAUUUUAAAAAAAUUCAAGAAUGGGGAGGUGAGGGUUUUGGUGACAAAUGAACUUUCAGCCAGGGGUUUAGAUGUGGCAGAAUGUGAUCUUGUGGUUAAUUUGGACUUACCCACAGAUUCCAUUCAUUAUGCACAUCGAGCUGGCCGGACGGGUCGGCUUGGCAGGAAGGGUACUGUGGUGACCAUGUGUGAAGAGCCAGAAGUUUUUGUCGUGAAAAAGCUGCAGAAGCAGCUUGGAAUUCCCAUUCCAGCUUGUGAGUUCAAAGAGAGCCAGCUUGUUGUCACUGAAGAAUCGAAAAAUCCAGUUGUAAGGUGACAAUACAUUUUACAUCUUUAGCAUACCCUCUCCUUGAAUCACUCUCUCACUAAAAUCUAGGGGGUAGUCCAUUCUUGUAUCAGUUGCUAGUUGCAAGAUUAAUCCACUAAACAGAGAAGCUCCAUAUAAUUUACAAUUUUGUGUGGAACUUCAAUUUUAUAAUGACUUAUUGAAUACCAUUGGUUCAGACAAAAAAUUGUUAGAA